CGUCAUCAAGAACUUCAUGAUUCAGGGUGGAGACUUCACCGCUGGUAACGGAACAGGUGGUGAGUCAAUCUACGGCGAGAAAUUCGAGGACGAGAAUUUUGAGAAGGUUCAUGAUCGGCCUUUCUUGUUGUCCAUGGCGAAUGCUGGGCCGGGAACGAAUGGGAGUCAGUUUUUCGUGACGACGACGGCGACGCCGCAUUUGGAUGGGAAACAUGUUGUUUUUGGAGAGGUUAUUAGUGGGAAGAGUGUUGUGCGACGGGUUGAGAACACGGAGACUGAGACGGGUGAUAAGCCUGUUGAGGCAUGUGUGAUCGCGGACUGUGGUGAGCUUCCGGAGGAUGCCAAGAUUGAAACGGGACCUGACCCGACGGGUGAUAUGUACGAGGACUACCCCGAAGAUCACGAGGGAUACCCUGAGUCCCUCACGCCUGAAGAGAUUUUGAAGGUUGCGACGGCGAUUAAGGAGAUUGGAAACGGACAGUUCAAGGCUGGAAACUUGGCGGUCGCGAUCGAGAAAUACCAGAAGGCACUGCGAUACCUGAACGAGCACCCCAUCGCAGCCGAGGACGAAGACCCGAAACUCACGGCCUCCUUCAACGCCCUUCGCAUCUCUAUCCACUCCAACUCCGCCCUCAUCUACAACAAGCUCUCCCAGCCCUCUCUCGCCGCUAAAUCCGCAACAAACGCACUCUCAAUCACCGGACUCUCGGACAGCGACAAGGCAAAGGCUCUGUACAGACGUGGUGUUGCGAAGGUUAAGUUGGGAAGUGACGAUGAGGCCGAAGAGGAUUUGAAGGGUGCAUUGGAAGUCAUGGCUGCGGGAGAUGCGGGACGGGCCGCAAUUGAGAAGGAAUUGGCGGGAUUGAAGAGGAAGAGGGCGGAGGCAAUCAAGAAGCAGAAGGCGGCGUAUUCGAAGAUGUUUGCAUAGAGGAGCAUGAGAGGAGGAUUGCAAUUGCAUUGAGGGGUAAGAUACGAUAGUAUACCAAGACGUGCAUCUCAGGA